GCCCCCGGAGCGACUGGGGAGCGGCGGAGCGAUGGCGGCAUCCGCGGUGUCCGAACCCUGGCCGGAGCUAGAGCUGGCGGAGCGGGAACGCCGGCGGGAGCUGCUGUUAACCGGACCCGGGCUGGAUGAGCGGGUUCGAGCGGCUGGUGGGCGGCUGCCGCCGCGGCUCUUCACGCUGCCUCUACUGCACUACCUGGAGGUGAGCGGCUGCGGGAGCCUGCGGGAGCCGGGGCCGGGCCUGGCGCAGGGCCUCCCGCAGCUACACAGCCUCGUUCUGCGCCGCAACGCGCUGGGUCCAGGCCUCAGCCCCGAGCUCGGCCCUCUGCCAGCCCUCCGUGUGCUCGACCUGUCGGGCAAUGCGCUGGAGAUGCUGCCGCCGGGCCAGGGCCUGGGCCCCGCCGAGCCGCCCGGCCUCCCGCAGCUGCAAAGCCUCAAUCUCAGCGGCAACCGGCUGCGCGAGCUGCCCGCCGAUUUGGCACGCUGCGCCCCACGCCUGCAGACCCUCAACGUCACCGGCAACUGCCUGGGCGCCUUUCCCGCCGAGUUCUUCCAGCCCGGUGCUCUCCCCCUGCUCAGCGAACUCGCCGCCGCCGACAACUGCCUCCAGGAGCUGAGCCCGGACAUCGCCCACCUGGCCUCCUUGAAGACACUGGACCUCUCUAAUAACCAGCUGAGUGAGAUCCCUGUGGAGCUUGCUGAUUGCCCCAAACUCAAGGAGAUCAACUUCCGGGGCAAUAAGCUGAAGGACAAGCGCCUGGAGAAGAUGGUAGGCAGCUGCCAGACCAGGUCCAUCUUGGAGUACCUGCGUGUUGGGGGUCGAGGUGGGCGCAGCAGGGGCAAGGCUGAUGGACCUGAGAAAGAGGAAAGCCGCAAGAAGAGGAGGGAGCGGAAGAAGCGGGAGAACGGAGAGGGGGGUGAGGAGGAAGUAGAGGAGGCCAGCCGACUGUUCCUGAGGGUUCUGCAUGUGGCAGAGAACCCCACCCCACUGACUGUCAAGGUGAGCCCCGAAGUCAAGGAUGUCAGACCAUUCAUCGUGGGAGCCGUUGUGAGGGGCAUGGACCUACAUAUUGGAAACGCCAUCAAGCGGUUCCUCACCUCUCAGACAAAGCUCCAUGAAGAUCUUUGUGAGAAGAGAACAGCAGCCACUAUCGCAACCCAUGACCUCAAGGCCAUCAAAGGACCCCUCCUGUACACAGCUCGCCCACCACAGGACCUCAAGAUAGUCCCCUUAGGGCGGAAAGAAGUCAAGGCCAAGGACCUGGUGCGACAGUUACAGAUGGAGGCCGAGGAGCACAGGAAGCAGAAGAAGAGGCAAAAUGUCUCAGGCCUUCACAGAUAUCUUCACUUACUGGAUGGAAAAGAGAAUUACCCCUGUCUUGUGGAUGCAGAUGGAGAUGUGAUUUCUUUCCCACCAAUAACAAACAGCGAUAAGACAAAGAUUAAGAAAACGACUUCUGAUUUGUUUUUGGAAGUAACAAGUGCUAUGAGUCUGCAAAUAUGUAAAGAUAUCAUGGAUACCCUGAUUCUGAAAAUGGCUGAAAUGAACAAGUACACUUUAAACAAUAAAGAGGAAGGAUCACUCUCAGAUACUGAAGCUGAUGUGAUUUCUGCACACCUCUCGGAUUCCAAGAUGAACCCAACUGCUGAAAGAGAUAGCAGUUCCUCUCUGGUGGUAGAACAGGUUCGGGUGGUGGACAUGGAAGGGCAGCUGAAGGUGGUGUAUCCGUCCAAGACAGACCUGGAUUUUUCUGCCUCCCACAUCACUGUGCUCCGCUGAUAGCAGGGCACUACUGCUGUCAGAGGCAUUUGGGUUUGCCUGCUCAACGGGUUGAUAUGUGGUCAUAGUAAAUUAUGUGUUCUGUUUCCAUCUCGGUAUUUUUUUAAAGAUAUAUCAGUUUCUCCGGACAAUUCUGACUUGAAGUGGUACCAUGUUGUCAUGUACCAGUUGUUUGCCUUUACAGCACCAAACUGACUUUAGCAAUGUUUUAUGGGAUUAUUUGAAUAUUGGAAUUAUACAGCACUCUCUAAAAUCAUGUAGGCAUACAGCAAAUGACUGUUGUGGGUGAGGAUGCUCAUUUGGUUUAAAUACUCAAUUCUACAUUGAGAAGCUAAGUGGCAUGUGUUGUAUUGAACUGCACAAUUAUUUUUCUAUGAUAUAUCAUCUUUCUAAAUUACACUUUGCCAGUUGUACAACUUAGAAAACACUGUGUUUUCUAGCUUGCAGGGAAUCAUAACUUAUUUUUUAAAAAAACUUAAUACAACCUUAGAAUUGGCAAAAUCAUUUUUCUCAAUGUUCCUUUGGAUGUUUUAGGGGAUGUGGAGACCCACGGAGUCCUCUACCGGGGCUGUAAUUGUAAACGAGCCCCAGGCAAAGAGCGGAGUUUAGAAUCACAUCUUGCUCCCAGAACAGGACAGAUCCCUUUGUGUAUUGUCAUCAGCUAGCUAUAAGACAGACAGUGGUGACUGGAGGAGGCUUGAGAUUUUUGAAGCCAGAAAGUAUAAAGUAUGUGUGGCAGGUGAUGAGUUAUUCAGCAUUUUUCUUUCUAGAUAUUUUCAGUUUUCACUGUCCCAGUCCUAUACAAAGCAUACCUCCAGUGGACUUGCCCUUCUCAUAGGAGUAUGGCCCUCCUGACAGGUCGAGGCACAUUAGUUCAAGGUGAGCUCAGCUUUGAUACCCUGGAGGCAUCAUUUGCUCUCUGAUUAAUGGCACCAUUAGUGCCCUUCAUCUCCCACCCAAUCCUGACACUUUCCUUUGACAUUUCUGGCAUCUAUGACAUAAAUGUGUGCAUUUGUUUACGUAUAAGCACAUUCACACUCAUCCCUCCCCAGAGCAGAAUGCUCUUGGGCCCACUGGACCACUGACAAGAGUCUAUGGGUUUUACUAACCUCAAUCCUUUCAAAUUGAGCUGGAAUAUGAGAAACUGGCUCGUGAGUUGGUUGUUAAUGACAUUGUUUGGUGGUCUUUGACCUGCAAAAGGCUGUUUGUGUGUUGUGUUGAAAUAGUAGACUGAUAUUUUGGCAGCAUCUACACAAACACCCACUGAGCCCAUGCACAUAGCCAUCAGAACCAACAUGUAUGAGGCACAACCCCUGCCCCCCCCCACCACCACUACCACCAAAUUGAGAACACACUCCAAAGCCACAGCUUAACCAGCUGUGCCCCAAGGCCCCUGUGUGGCUGUCCUUCACCUUUUCCUUCUAUUGUGUUUCCAAAAACCCUGCCAAACAUCUGUAUGUUGGUGCCUCUGGCUUGUCAUUUUAUGACUUCUGGACUGUGUUGGCUCUGGGUAUGGGCCCUGGCAGGGCCCUGCUGGAAAGCUAUCACCCCAGUGCUACCACUGACAGACCCAUCAGUCUUGCUGCUGUUUUCUGAUAGCUUCGUUAUCUUUGAGAUUUUAGAAUGUGACAGCAGAAUGCCUCUCAAUGUUCUUGUUUUUUGCCAGUCCAACUCUCUAAUAAAGGAUUUUUAAUAAGGA